AUGGAGGGCUUCUCUCUGCUCCAGAGGUCCAAGUCCUGCUGCCAGACGGACAUUGAGAAGCUGCUGGACGGAGAGGACGGCUCUAACGAGCUAAUAGGAGAUUUCACCAAGCCUUUUGUACUCCCCACAGUGGAUGGCAAACAUCAAGACCUCAAGUACAUUACCUCAGAGACGAUGGUGGCAGCUGUCUCCAACCAGUUUAAUCAUCUAGUCGAGCAAGUCAUUGUCAUCGACUGCCGCUACCCCUACGAAUUUGAGGGAGGACACAUCAAGGGAGCCCUGAACUUGCACCAGGAGGACCAGGUGGAGGACUUCCUCCUCAAAACGCCCAUCAUCCCAUCCUGCCAGGACAAACGCGUCGUCAUAAUCUUCCACUGCGAGUUCUCGUCGGAGCGCGGCCCCCGCAUGUGCCGGUUCGUCAGGGAGAGAGACCGCGCCAUGAACGAGUAUCCCAAACUCCACUACCCCGAGCUCUACAUCCUCAAGGGCGGAUACAAAGACUUCUUCCCCCAUUUCCAGUCCCAAUGUGAACCUGAGUCCUACCGGCCCAUGCACCACGAGGACUUCAAGGAGGACCUGAGGAAGUUCCGCCUCAAGAGUCGCACCUGGGCCGGGGAGCGCAGCAAGAGAGACAUGUACAGCCGACUCAAGAAGCUGUGAGCGCCUCCUCGUCCUCCUAAACUGCCUCCAAAACACACUGCCUCCCCCCCCCUGAACAGACGGAGCACAAACUCCUCUCAGCCUGAGGCCUCACCCCACCAAACGAGGAAAUACCUUUUUGGGAUCGUGCCAACAGAAGGGGAUUUUUAUAUAAAGUCUCAAAUGUUCAUUUAACUAUAGCAAAGUUAGUUAUUUAUGCAAAUUUAAAAGAGGGAAAGACGUGACACAAUGAACGCUUGACCUAAAGAAGUCGCUGAGGUGCGGUGGGCAGAUUUCUUUAAGGUGAUCUGAAGCAAUGUGAUCGUUUUUAAAAACCACUCGGACCUACUGCCUGUUUUACCUUAUUGUUUUUUACUAUCCUGGCGUUUGCAGCACAAAUCACUGCCAGAUUGCAAUAACACAACCAAACCACACUGCCAAGUCUGAAGUCUGCCUCCUCCCUGGAUAUUUGUUUUUUAUUUUGCAUUUGUCAUGUCCCACCUUAUUUAAGCACUUAAUUUAAAUACCUUGAAAUGGUGAGGUGCUUUUUUUGUUGUUUUUGAUACUGGUUUUAUUUUUUAUUGAAUUGUCUACCCCAUUUACACAUUGAACACAUUUUGUGGAAAGUAUGCCUUUCUCUAGGCGUCCCAAACUGCUAAUUGGACAUUUUAAUGACAACUUGUAUAAGAUUAUUGCAGAGCUUUUCUUUUCUUCUACCUUUGAUCAGUUGCAAUACUUGGUAACUUUUUUUUUCUCGGCCAGAAGAUGCCAAAGCAAACCAACUACCUGUUAACUUUGCAGUGAGAUUUUUUUCUAUUGCUGCAGGUCAGCGAGUGUGAGGAUUUUUGAUCUAAGAAAAACAUUCUUUGUUUUGCUUUGAUUCCUUUUUAAUUUUGAGAGAGAAACUGUCUUCCCCUCUGCAGAUCUAAUGAUGUUUAUAAUGAAUUGGGGUGAUUUGAAUAUUUUGGUACAGGCUCGUGGGGGAGCCGCUGAAAUAAAGAGCCAAUGUGUGUUCAA